ACAACUAUGUCGAAUACCCGAUCUUUCGUCAGACCGCCGACAACAGCAAUUUCUUACACGAGACGGUUUUGCUCGAACAUCCAACUGCCAACAUGGAACAACAGACGCCGCAGCCGGCUGACAAAGCUCCACCCCUGGCAGCUCGCAUGAAGCAAUACGAGGCAUGUUUCGACUUCACUUUACCCUCCGGAUCGCCUGUCGUCCUACGUCUCGACGGCCAUGCAUUCUCAAAAUUCACUAGCCACUUCUGCCGGCCAUUCGACCAGCGCAUACACGAUGCGAUGAUAGCAGCAUGCACAGAUCUGCUCGCAUACUUCCCAUUUGCGACAGUCGCGUACACGCAGUCCGACGAGAUAACCCUGGUUUUCCCUACCGGUGUGCAGGGCUUCAACGAGCGCGUUCAAAAGCUUUCGAGUCUGGCGGCGAGCUACUGUUCUGUUCGAUUCAACGCACAUCUUGCUGCCCUCUUAGCAGCAAGUCCAGAACCGAAAGUCAAGGAUACAGCGUUUGAGCGCUUGGGUACUGCGCAUUUUGAUGCGCGUUUCUUUGCUGUUCCGUCCGUUGAGGAAGCCUUCAACUGUAUAUUAUGGAGAUGUCGCAAUGACGCUGUACGCAACUCAGUCAAUGCCUUCGCGCGCACGAUGUACUCAACCAAGGAGAUGCAUGGGAAGACGACCAGCGAGUUGAUGGAGAUGAUGAGGAAAGAGAAGGGUGUUGAGUUUGAGGCAUCAGUACCACGAUGGGCGGUAGAAGGGUGCCUACUGAAGCGAGAGCAGGUGGAACAUGAGGGCGUGAACUUGAAGACGGGCGAGGUGAAGAAGACGUUGAGAACAAGGACCAGGCUUGAAGAGAGAGGUGUGAGGACAUUUUCGGCGGAGGAUCUGAGGCUUGUGACAGACAAGUUUUGGUGAAGAGAUUUCGAUUGCAACCCUACAGUCAGAAAAUUGCAAGGACAUCCAUGAGAGGAAGACUCGUCCACCACGUUUGUCACCUCCUAUUGUUGUUGGCUCGAGGUACCGGAGACGCAGGUUCUUCGUGAG